AAAUAUGUUUAUUAGUUGUAGCUUACAAGCUAAAAAAUGCUAAUAGUUGGGAGUAUAACUUUUAUUGUAAGUCUUUCGACAACUUUUGCAAUUGUUGCCAUGAGAUCGAGGAUACAUUUGAAAGUCUUAAGUUUGAUUUUAUGAUAACAGUGCCUGACCAAACUUUUUUACAAAUACUGCUUGCACAUUUGGAGUGUUAACCAACUUGUAGUUAAUAAACAAUUUUCUUCUGUUUAUUGAUUAAUGUUGAAAUAUUCUUGACCAUAUGGUCUAUCCUGGUUAAUGAAUCUUUUGUAUGUGGUUAAUAGUUUUUGACCCAUUGCUUUAGAAGCUAGGACAUGCUUAUAGCUGAAAAAUCUUAUUUAACAAUUCAAAUUCCUAGUGUUGUUAAAGUAUUGGGUAAUGGGUAGUACCAUUCAUUUUAGUUUUUUGAAUUGUAGUAUUUACCGUUAUUCUGAUGCUUAUGAUUUUGAAAUAUCUGAGUUUUCUUUUAAUGGUUUCACAUUUGUAUCACCUGUUAGACAAUUAAUAAUUAGCUUCUAUCAAUGAUGAAUUGGCCCCUGGUGAUUCAAGUGAUUCAGGGUUACUAAUAUUUAGAACUAACUCUUGAUGUUGACUAGAUGGCAGUCGAUUUCCUUGUUUUCAAGAAAACUGAUCGGAUGCUUUAUUGGUAAGUGCUCUGGAAGCAUCAGAUCUAUAGCGAGACAUCCAGAACUUCCCAUGAUAGCAUCUUGUGGAUUGGACAGCUAUUUGCAUGUGUGGGAUGCAAAGACGAGACAACUUCUAUCUCCGGUUUUCCUCAAGCAACAUCUAACAAAUGUGGUGAUCGAUUCACAUUUCUCAGACGAAGGAAUUGAUAGAGGAGUUAGGUAUAUAUAUAGUAGGUUUCGACAGAGCUAGAUAUGGUGAAAGUGAGCCCAAUCCCAGUCGUUCACUGAGGAGCGAGGCGUCAGAUAUCGCGGAGUUGGCAAAUGCUUUGGAGCUGGGCCCCAGGUUUUACCUGAUUGGGUUCUCCUUGGGUGGCCAUGCUGUCUGGGCGUCCAUUAAGUACAUUCCAGAUAGGAUUGCUGGAGCUGCUAUGAUGGCACCAGUAAUAAACUACAGAUGGCCUGGGUUCCCGCGGCAUCUAUCAGAGGAGGCUUACAGAAAGCAACAGCCUGGAGAUCAGCGGGCAUUGCGAGUUGCAUAUUAUGCCCCCUGGUUGCUGCAUUGGUGGAUGAAACAGUCGUGGUUGCCUUCCUCCACCGUUAUCAAAGGCACAACCCAUCUGCCCAACCGCUUGGAUGCGCAAGUUCGUGAGUACGCCAUGAAGAAUAGUGGAAUGUUCGAAGAGAGGCGGAAACUUGCCACUCAGCAAGGCAUGCUUGAGUCGUUUUACCGAGACAUGAUGGUGAUGUUCGGGAAGUGGGAAUUUGAUCCGAUGGAUCUCUCGCAAUCGCCCUUUCCAGUUCAUCUAUGGCAUGGGGAUGAAGACGGGCUCGUGCCGGUUACUCUACAGCGAUACAUCUGCAGCCGCCUCAGCUGGAUCAACUACCAUGAGCUGAAGGAAACAGGGCACUACUUGGGAGGUGUGCAGAGCUUGGUUGAUGUUGUCCUCAAGACCUUGCUAGUGGCGUCGGUUUCGGCAUGACCACGUAUUUAUCAGUUUGGAAAAAGAAGCACCCACAGGAAGCGGAAUGCGUAAUUCAUACAUGGGAGGGAUAAUAAUUAGAUCGCACAUGCCCUAUUUUAACAAUGCAUCCAUUACUUAUGCGA